CAAAAUGGCGUCCACGUUGAGAAGAGCUACUAGCCGAAUUUGCCUACGGAUAUCUGCAGAGAGAAAUAACAGAUCCACUUUAAAACAAUACGCUAACCACGGAAAACCUCUCUUGCUUGGUGCUAGGUCUGUGGCAGGCUGUACAAAUGAGUGCUGUAAACAAAGCCACCUUACAAGAUGUUGGAAGUGCAACGCGGUGCAUGUUGACGGCCAUCCUGAGUUUUUCUGUAAAACAUGUGAAAUAAUACAGCCUCCUGGAGAAGAUGUUUCAUACUUCGAGAUAAUGGACAGUCCAGAAACGUUCUUAGUGGACAUACCUCAGCUACAAAAAAUGUACAGAGAUCUACAGUUCAGAUUGCAUCCUGACAGAUUCAGCAAGUGUACACCUGAAGAACAGAAUUUAUCAGCUCUUCAUUCAUCGAUAAUCAACAAAGCAUAUAAUACUCUCUUAAAGCCAUUAAGCAGAGGCAAAUAUCUUCUUAAACAACAUGGAAUAUCAGUUGAGCAGACUGAUACCUUAUCAAGUCCUGAGUUUUUGAUGGAAAUUAUGGAAAUAAAUGAAAGCUUGGAAGAUGCAAAAAACUUGGAAGACAUAAAGCAGAUUGAAACAUGGAAUACAGCAAAAAUUAAUGAAUGUACGCAAGAACUAGCCAAUUUGUUUGAAAAUGGAAAUUACAGUGAUGCUAAAGAUAAACUCAUUCAACUUCGAUACUACAUCAACAUUGAAAAUCAAAUAAAGGACAGAAAAACGUCAAUGGAUUUAGCUGGUGAACAUUAGAAAUUUAAAAGAAUGAUCAAAUAAUAUUUAUAACACUAGAAUGUUUACAGAAGUAUCCAGUGUUAUUGAAGUGCACAGUAUGCAGAAUCUAUACUCGAUGGACAAAUUUUAAUCACUGUUUACAUGGAUUUGAUUCGUAAUGGUACACCAUUUUUCAAGUAUACGUAGUAAAAGUAGAAAUGAAUGUGUAAUAUAUUAGAUUUUGCAUCAUUUAUUUUUCACAGUAAUUGAUUAAUACACAUGCAAAUUUACUUUGAAGUGACAAUUAUAUUUUUUUACUAAAAGGAAGAGUCCACUUAAGAKGUUUUCCUUGAAAAAAUUUGUUUCAAAUAAUUCCAUUUCGACGUUUGUGGUUUAUUUCUCCUUUGGAAGACUCACCUUCUGUUGGGCUUCCUGUCUUCUUUUCUGAGGGACAGGAAGCCCGGCAAAAACGGGAUGCUGGGAAGGAGACUGAGACAUAGACCACAUGUAGAAUAUUGAAUAAGUGUAAAUAUUUUUUAUUAUUAUGAAUAAGGUUUUUACUGGCUGUACCAUGCAACAUAUAUUGUGUAAGAAUAAAUAUGUUUUUAUCUCG